UUAAUUGUAGUUUUGAUUUGCCACGUCACCAUGAAUUAGCCACGUCAAACGACGGAUGGCUCACCUGCGAGUGACGCAAUGGCGCAUCGAGAGAUUGGAAAAGAUGGCGUAUUAUGCAAUUUAUGUGGUGGUAGUGUUAGUAAUGGUAUGGACAUUGUUCAAUGGGGACAAUGGACCUCAGUUUAGACAACUAUUUUAAAAGUUUAAGCGCAGGAAGAAGAGGGGAAAGCGAGGUUCAUAUCGUUUUCACGACCUUCUGUUCAGAGCUUCGAACAUGGUCUCCAUGGCUUCUUCUGUAACGAGACCGAGCAAAUACUUGCAUACUCAUAAGAAAAGGUAUAAUGGGUAUCCCCCUGCUCCCCGCAUUAUUAUAGCUUCACAGCAACAGCAGAGCAAAUCGACCGACCAAAUGGGACGAAGGGAGAUCGUAUUGAGAAGCACCGAAUUCGCUGUCAUUGCGGCCAUCUUCCACUUCAGCGGAACAAAACCCAAUUACCUUGGAGUGCAGAAGAAUCCUCCAGCUCUAGCUCUGUGUCCGGCAACUAACAAUUGCAUUUCAACUUCGGAAGGGGUCAGUGAUCUCACCCACUACGCCCCACCUUGGAACUAUAACUCUGAAGGACGGAAAAAGCCGAUCAGUAGAGAAGAGGCAAUGGCCGAGCUUAUCCAAGUGAUAAAAUCAACAAAACCAGACAAAUUUACGCCACGUAUAAUGGAAAGGAAAGACGACUACAUUCGCGUAGAAUACGAGAGUCCCAUCAUGGGGUUUGUCGACGACGUCGAGUUUUGGUUUCCACCUGGGAAGAAAUCAAUCGUUGAAUAUCGGUCUGCAUCUCGCUUGGGAAACUUCGAUUUUGAUAUUAACAGAAAGAGAAUUAAGGCCUUGAGAUUGGAGUUAGAGAAGAAGGGAUGGGCUUCAGAGGGGAGCUUCUGAGCUCACUUACUAAACCGUUAUGGAUCUUGGCUCUUGACUCUCAAGAAUGGAUGGUUGAUUAAAGUUAUCUGUCUCCAUUUGUAAGAUCAAAAUAACUAGAAAUUUUCAAGGUUUCUAUCUCAAUAAAGUUGAAAGGGUUGCGAAAAGUCUCCUAAGACAGCCUGCUCACUUGUUUGAAAUAAACCAACAUCUGAAUGUAUACGAGGAUAAUAAUGAAAAAUAGAAAACAUCAGGCAUUCCCCGGUUUCAAUUA